AAGAGCAGAACAACCUCUACUCAUCACUCCAUCACUGGCCUACCUGAGAAAAGACUACCUGUGACUUACCUGCAGCUACAUAAAACCAGCAAAAUCACCAUGAAGGUGCUGAUCAUCUCUGUGUUACUCUGUGUGGGCUUAACUCUAAGGGAGGCAGCAGGGCAGCAGCAGGCUGUGGCAGUGGAACAACUGAGCAUUGUUCCAGUUCUAGAGGAGGCUAAAGAGACUGGGCCACUGAAGAAGCUGUGUGACGCUCCAAUGGAGACCAUAGUAGAACUGGUAGAAAACAAAGUAGAGCUUGCUCUACCUGAAGAGGGGGAAGCUGAGGCUGAUGCUCUUGCGCUGGUCCAAGCACCAGCGAUAAGGUUUUUGCACUGCCCUGACGGUUGGUACCUACAUCAGUCACGCUGUUUCCUCUUUGUGAACUCAUACUUGUCGUGGCACAACGCAGAGGAACACUGCAACACUCUGCAUGCAAACCUGGCCUCCGUUCAGAACCCCCGACAGUAUCGCUUCCUACAGCAGUUAACGACAAUGGCCAACCGGCACAGCGCGUGGAUCGGUGGAUUCUAUCUCCAGGACAGGUGGCUGUGGAUCGACCGUGUAGGAUUCUACUACGAAAACUGGUACACACACCUUGAUGUGGACCGCAACGCUUGCAUCCAUCUGCGCACUUCAGUGGGCUGGUCAAAUGCUCACUGUGGCACAGGUCUCCCAUUCAUCUGUGUGAAAAUGUCCUGUUAGUCAAGAUUGUGCUUCCUGCCAGCAGCAUGAUUUCAGUACGAGAAAGCAUUGUUAGUUGGUUGAUGUUAUUUCUAACUGCUUUCCGAAUUUUAGCGCAAUGAAUGCAGUCUGCAUCACAUCCGGCCGUGAUUGGGAGUCCCAUAGGGCGGCGCACAAUUGGCCCAGUGUCGUCCGGGGUAGGCGUCAUUGUAAAUUAGAAUGUGUUCUUAACUGGCUUGCCGAGUUAAAUAAAGGUUCAAUAAAAACAUUGAUUUUAUUAUUGACUUUAUUCAGUCACUCUGGAUGUCUGCCAAAAGGCUAAAUGUGACGUAGGCAAGAUGCAGUCAUAGGAUUCCAUUGAUCCAGGUUUAUUCUACAAAAGCAAUGACGCCCAAUAUUAUUAUAUUAUAUAAUAUUGCGACAUGUGUAAUGCAAACGGCAGAUAUAUGAUACAUUUAUGAAAGAUCAACAACAUUUUUAUCUCUUCGACAGUGGUGGAUUUUUAUUUUGUCGAACUUUCAUUAUUGCAACAAAUAAUGGUGUUUUUCGAAUAAAUAAUGAUUGCAGAAUAAUUUUGAAGGUAAGCGGGGCACGUGAUGUCAUCACGUAACUUAUAACGCUCCACACUUCAUUCUAAAUGCCUGCUGCUAGCAAAAUCCCUUUUUUCCACUCUAAAAAAUUUUCUUUUCUGGGGGGGUGACAUUAUGUCCAGCUGUUUUUUAUCGACACAAGAUAGUUAAAUGGAAGUGCACCGUAGUAGGCGAUCUAUUUUCUAUGCGAACUUUCUAAAUGUCUACAACAAAGCACUGGACAAGUUAAAAUGGAAACACAAAGUAGCUACUGAUGAUGGAAACUGUGCUCUUCGAAUAAAUAUGAUUGCCGAAUAAUUUUUAAGGUAUGCUGGCACAUUAUGUUAUCAACUAUAAAACUCCACUCAACAAUAACAAAUAAUGUUUAUUUUUUGCGGGACAAGGAUUGUAUUGACUUUCAAAAAUGUCUGAGUUGCUUCACAUUGCAAUUCGAAGUUUCAACAUCAAAUUGCUUCAGAUCAUCUAGGCCUGAGUGACUGCAAGUUACACCAUGGCACGGACAGUGGCGAUAAAUUGACAUAUGAGAAUGAUAAGAAUAUGGCAAAUAUUAGUCAAUUUUUGUAUUAUAUCCAUCCUGGCUUUUGCGGGCUACCUGAGACAUGAAAGAUAGGUGGGCUGGGCAUACAGGCUGUAGCCACUUUAUUAAUGCGCAAUAUGCCUAAUAAGAUGAUGGAUACACUUCAAGCACAUUUAUAUUCGACAUUUUAGGUUUUUGCCCCGCAAAUUUUAGGGGGGGUGACGUCAUUACUUCCAGCUGUUUUUAUCGACACAACAGUUUAAUGGAAACGCACCGUGGUAGGCAAUUGUAGCGUCUGUGAAUUAAAUGUCAAGAAAAAAAUCACUGGACAAGUUAAUGGAAACAUAGCUAUUGCAAGUUUUGAUUACCUAUGUAAUUGCUUUCCUGUUAUAAAGAUGUUAUGGAUUUGUUUUAUUCUUUCUUUCCUCCUAGUGUAGUAGUUAACAUACCAUAGCAGACUGGCAGCAACACUUUGGCUAAUGUUUACCUGUGAGUGUUGCCCUUCAUUUCAGACACAGGUUUACUUUUUAUUUCAUUUAACCAAGCAUGCCAGUUAAGGACAAAUUCUUAUUUACAAUGACGGCCUACCCCGGCCAAACCCAGACGACGCUGGGCCAAUUGUGCUCCGCCCUAUGGGACUCCCAAUCACGGCCAGAUGUGAUGCAGCCUGGAAUCGAACCAGGUACUGCAGUGAUGCCUCUUGCACUGAGAUGCACUCGGGAGCCUGAGUGACUGGUGUCCCCUGACAGCAGAUCUGGGACAAGGUACAUUUCCCUAAACGCUCCUCACUCUUUUUUUUUAUGACACCAUUUCAUGGCUCAAAUGGGUUGCUUAAGUUACCAACACUCAAUUCCUCAGUGAGAUAAACUCAAUUGUAACUGUUAGUUAGUAUGCAAAUAGAGCAUCCAAAACUGCCAAUGAGAGGAGCCACAGGGCUUAAAUAAACAUAAGUCUAUUUCCAUGGCUCAAUAAUAAUACUUUACAUAGUAUAAUAUGUUUUACAUAUAAUAAUGUUUAAAAUAAAAAGUUGUACAUAUCAUUAUUUGCUCUAUAGGCCUACUCUAUUUUGGAGCAGACUUGUCAUGGAAAAUGAACAUCCUCCAACUCCGUAACAAACAUGAUGAAAAACAAAGGAAACAUCAACCAGCUCAUCAAGAACUAGUUCCAUUAACUUUCAAUCACUGUAGCUACAUUCAUUCCAUGACCUAGGUAAUGAUCCAUCACGCAGAAAUCAUUUGCCCAUGUGUUUUUUCAGUGCUGGUACAGAAACCCAACCUGUACUAUAUUAAGGAAGGGUUGCUAGACCUGAAGCAUGGACCAGUGAGGCUUUUUUAAGAUGACCAAUUGAAUAGAUGUAAAAUGCCUUUGCUGCUCAUUUAAUUAAAAUGUGCAUAAUAGAAGUACUCAAGGAAAUUUGAGAAGUGCAGUAUCCUGUCCAUUACCCCCAUAGACAGGAAGCACAGCAGUGCCCUAUGAUUUGAGUAAACACAGCGAGUGAAGAAGCACAAGUUAAAGUUAAGACCUGCAGUGGCUGGUAGUCCGUGUUCAAAAAGGUAGUCCGUGCACAUUAGCCUAUAGGCCUACAAUAGAUCUGCAAUAGGUCUACGGGCCUUGAACAGGUUUGUGUUCCACUCACUCAGCAAAAUGUAUUUUCCUUUCCUUGCAAUCAUGUUUUUAAAUCCUGUGAGUUUGCAGUGCUGGAGUUCAGGGAUUUUAAAAGAUUCUAUGAGGUUGUGUGGGCUUCAAGUCAUAAAUUGCACUUAUUCCAUGGCCCUAACUGUGACACUGAAAAUAAACAGCAACUUAGAUACUUA